AUGACACAAAAUUGUGGUCCAUGUCAAAAAGACAGUCGAUGUGUAGAGUCUUUGAUACCCACUGAACUGCCAAAUUAUUCUUUCCAAGUAAUAGGAUCAGACUUACUGGAAUUUAGGAGUACACUACCUGAUCGUGGUCGACUAUUUUCGAGAUAUCCAGCGCUGAUAACGUUGUCGUCCACUACAUCGAGCAGCAUCAUUCAUGCUUUGAAAGCAAUCUUUGCCCGACAUGGCAUUCUAGAGAUUCUGAGGAGUGACAACGGUCCUCAAUACUCUACUCAUGAAAUGAGAGAGUUCGCAACAACUUAUGGCUUCACACUCAUCACCAGCAGUCCAAGAUAUCCACAAAGCAAUGGUCUUGCAGAAAGAAUGGUGAAGUCUGUUAACCAGCUACUACAACGAUCCAAGGAUCCACAUCUAGCGCUUCUAAGCCACAGAACACCACUUCUUCCAUGGUGCAACAUCAGCUCAUCAGAACUUCUCAUGGGUAGACGGCUUAGAACCAAAUUACCACAAGUUUUUGAAUUGCUAACGCCUCAAUGGCCCUAUUUGAAAACAAUUUGCAAUGCUGACAAGCAAUUCAAACAGAAACAGAAGGAACACUUUGAUAAAUGA